AUGGUGGCCUUUGAACAUGCAUUUUUCGUGCUGUCGACGUUCUUUUUUCCACCUGUGGCUACCAUUGUCAUCCUGGUCAUUUUGUUAGCUACUUUCGGCAAAUCUCUCGGGCUGAGGCAGAUCUAUGUCGACACUUUGAUUUCAAUAUUUGAGGUAAUAUUUUUUUGAUUAUGAAUUUCGAGCAAAAUCUUGAGAAAAAAAUAUGUUAUUAUUGCUUUCUUCUGAAACUUUUUUUAAUGCGUGUAAAACUCUUGACUAAAUGUCGCAAAAGUCAAUUUUAGUGGUUAGAAAAGAGCUCCAGUUAAAGCCAAAAUAUAUGUAAAAUUUCAUUGAGCUUUCAGGAAAGCAAAACAAGCAACAAUGACUUGUAUAAUAGACGGAACAUGAAAGAAUCUUUCACCUACAAACAAGCAUUUCCUUUUGGGCUAAUCAAUUUAUCAUUUAAAAUUUAAUAAAUUAUAUUAUUCAAAACAAUUGUUUGCAGUGGGGCGCCGGACAAAUCAAAACGACCGAGAUGAUAAAAAGGAAAGAAAGUCAAAUUGGCUUCAUUCUGGGCGAAGAUAUCGACGACCACCCGGAGAUUUAUCCCCUGAAAACGCCGACGGACUCAGAAAUGGACGAGUCGGAGCACGAGAUCCGGUCCGUCGACUCAGAUUUUGGCGACGAAAGUACCUUCGGUCUCAGACGUCGCUAUGGAUCAGGGACCAGUCAGUUUGAAAAUCUCGAUUUUUUUCAAAAUCGAAAACUCAAUGAUCAUUCUUAUCUACUACACCUCUUCGCGGUUCAGAAUACACGAUAGGAAUGUCCACUGAUAAAGCAUGUUUUGCUUAUUUUUGUUUACUUUACAACGCCAAAACUAUGAAAAGACAGCUAAAUAUGAAAAAUUUCAGGUUUAAAAAAUAACAUUUGAAAAAAAUGAAGUAGAAUGAUUUUUGGAAAUUUAGUUUUGCUUUUAAAGUUGUUUGAGAACACUUGCAAAUCAAAAAUUUUUUUGGAAAAUUCGAUUCGACUUUGCAAAAACGUUUACUUUAGAACCACUGAACACUGGAAAAGAAUGAAAAACUUUUUUUGAUGUGAAUUUUUCAUGAAUUUUUUUGAACUGGAAAAUUGAAAAAAAUCAAAAUACUUUUUGCGAACUUCUUUGAUCAGACUCCAGCCCCACAAAAGCAUGCAGUUAUGGUUGUUUUGUUGUCGGCAACUCCUACACUUCCAGGUCUCGUUUCGAUCAACUCGGUGUGCAGCAAACGCAGUCGCAGGGAAUCCGAAAGUAGCAACUGUAUGUUGUGUUGUUUUGGUCGUUUUUAUUUCUUCCUUGGUUGGUCCGAUGCCCUUCGUUAUUUCAUUCAUUUUAGUACCUUUUUUUUUGAAACUUGAAACGCUUCGAUAACGAAAAACAGGGUUAUGUGUAGAGCGCGUUCCGCCCGAAACAGCUUUUGCGCUACAAAACUGCAAAAAAGAAUGUGAAAACCAAAGGUCUUUAAGCGAAGUAGGGUCAAGUUUGAUUUUUUUUUUUUUGUAUGAGGUCUUGUUAGCAAAGAAAAAACAUGAAAAGCUGGCGCGGAGUCACUUAUUCACAUUUGAAAACUGGCGCUAUCACAAAAUCAUCAUGAGCUCUCCAUGCGAUAUUCGGUUUCAAGUAGCAAAAAAAAUGGUAUUAAUUUGAGGCUUUUCUUCUAAAUAAUUUUCUGCUGGGCUUCUAUUCUCUGAUCUGGAACGUUUAAAUGUCAAAAAAACCUCUUUAGUAAAUUUUUUUGAGUGCAAAACAGAACGCAUUAAGUUUUUGAAUCAAAAAAACUCAUGCAUAAAUUUUUUUAUUCAAAAAAAUUUUUUUGGGUUUAUCCUUAGAGUGGAGUGAGAGAUAAUCAAAAAAUUCUCGAGCUGUAAAAUUGACAGUUUCUCUCUUGCAGUGGGAAUUAUUCGGCGUGAAACUCAAAUUCAUCUCGAUGAUCAUGAUGAAGAAGACAUUCCAUCAGAGGUUUUCGUCAGAAGCCGUGGAUGGGCCGCCAUUCAUGAUUCUGUUGAUUUUGUCAAAGUCAGGCUUUUUUUUUUCAUUCGUAGAACGUCUUUUGGUUUCAGGCCGGAAUCGAAGCUAUUAUUGAAGAUGAAGUCACGAGUAGAUUUGAGGCAGAACAACUCAUGUCUUGGAAUAUGCUCACUCGUACGAGCAUCAGGUUCUACCAAUUUGUCAAGUGAGAUAUUUCAACUCCAAUGGAUAGAUUUUUGCUCAGUUGCUUAGUUUUUCGAUAAACUUUUUGAUAACUUCGGCAGAAAAAUUUCUUUCACACGGUUGGAAUCUGCACAAUUUUGACCAGGACUUUUUUGUAGAUCGGAUUUAAAGCUUUACAGUUUUAACCCUGCGCUCUUUUCUUUUUUUUCUGUUACAAGAGCUCAAAUUUUGGAAAUAGCUUUUUUCAAUAGAUUGCCAUCUUCUCUUCAAUCGGGAGAUAUCUUUUUUCAAAAACUGGGAAGUUAUGCAGGCGGAAAUUUUCAUGAAAUAUAUUGGCUACAUCAAAUAGUUUUCAGAGCGAUUUUUGAAAAUUUCCUUACCAGCUUUUUUUCAAGAAAAGAUCCUGAUAUUUCAAAUUUGAUGAUUGUUUCAAGAUUUAGAAUUUUUGCAUAGCCAACUAAAUCAAACCUUAAUUUUGAGGUGUUUUUUGUGAAAAUCUUGUGACUUCAAAACUUUCAAAAAUUUCACUUAGUACAAAAACAAAAGCCAAUUUUCAAACAAAGGAGUAAGGCGGAGUAGAGUUUUUCUUUCCACCUAACCUUUUUUCAAUUUUACAGCUGGAAACUUUCCACCCUAUGGAUCCUUGGCUUUGCUUUCCGCUACAUCGUGAUGCUUCCACUUCGCUUCACUCUUUUCACGAUCGGCCUUAUUUUCCUAGUCAGUUCAACGGCUGUGAUCGGAAUGGUGCCCGAAGGAUCUUACAAAAGGUAAUUAUUUUUGUCAUAGCUUUCAAUUUUUCUUGAACUUAGGUCUCUCAACCACAAAUGCAUGCUCAUUUGCUACCGAAUCCUCUCCAGAAGUCUCACAGCUGUGGUAUAUUUCCACGAUGAGCACUACAAGGCCAAAAACGGAGGUUUGGUUGUCCUUUUUUCCAGUUUUAUCAACGCAAUAUAUGCGGAAAAGCUUAUUCAUUGUUCUGAGAACAUCUUUAAAAAACAGUCAAAAAAUAUACAAGUAUUUGUAGUCGAUAUUUCAAAUGUACAAAUAUCAAAUUUGUAAUUUUACAUUAAAACUCUGGUUGGUUAAAACAUUAGAAUGAUCUUUACCUGUCAACUGCAGAAUUUGAACAAAGCAAUUGGAUUUAUCUUUUUCACAACUUUUCGGAACAGAGGUUGAGCUCAUAUUUAAAAUAAACGUGAGAAAACGCAAGUUUUUUACUGAAAAAGUUUUGAGAUAGAAAAAGGAAUAUUUUAGGUCACAUGGUAGGAUUUAUGAAAGAGAAAAAGUAUCCUGGUUGCAAUGAUUUGUUUUAACCAGGAAUCUGUGUCGCCAACCAUACUUCCCCAAUCGACGCGUUGAUUCUAUCAAUCGGCAAUGUUUACGCCAUGAUCGGACAGAAACACGAAGGUCUCCUGGGACUUGUUCAACGUGCUCUUUCCCGCGCAAGUAGCCAUAUUUGGUUUGAAAGAAGUGAGGCCAAAGACCGUGAAAAGGUCGCUGACCGGUGAGUCUUUAUAAGAAACUUAUUGUUCUCAUAUGCUUUUUGCAGACUCCGAGAGCACUGUAGUGAUCCGAACAAGUUGCCCGUUUUGAUUUUCCCAGAAGGAACUUGUAUCAAUAACACUUCGGUGAUGAUGUUCAAGAAAGGUUGCUUUGAGGUGUGUUUUCGACCAAAUCUUAUUGAACCGUCGGAAAGGUUUUUUCACUCAAAUUUUCUAAACUCUCUGAAAGGACGGGAAAUAAUCCGAUUUGGGACAUUGAUUAUCAAAGAUUUUGAGAUGAAUACGGAUCAAGUAUCAAUUAUUUCUUUCUUCAGAUAGGAUCAACUAUUUACCCUAUCGCGAUGAAAUACGACUCGAGGUUUGGCGACGCCUUCUGGAACAGUUCCGAGCAGUCUUGGUGUGGCUACAUAAUGCGUGUGAUGACGUCAUGGGCGAUCAUUUGCAACGUCUGGUAUUUGCCUCCUAUGGAACGGCUGGUUUGUUUGCUUUCUGUAUAAAUUUCCAUUUUUUUUUGUUUCAGCCCGGUGAGAAUGCCAUCGAUUUUGCCAAUCGCGUGAAAAAAACGAUUGCGAAACGAGGAGGGCUUGUUGACCUGGAGUGGGACGGCGGCUUGAAACGUUCCAGAGUGCCUCCAAAAAUGGUCGCUCAACAACAACAAAGGCAUUUUUUAUUUUCAAGAAAAUAUAAACUUUGCCUACGUUUUGAAAAACGGAAAAAAACCACAGACGCUGAGAAAAUUCGACAAAAUCAAAUGUUUUCAAGUGAUAAACAUAAAAAAAUCACAAUAAAAAAAUGUUAAACCAAAAAUUUCAUCGUUUAGGUAUGCCAAUAGGCUCGCUCGCUAUACGUCGGCUUCCGAUCACAAUGCUCAUUUGCACGACGAGGACGAAGAAUGUGAGUAUCUUGCUCCACAAAAAACGUUCAAACUCUUCUUCUUCAUCUCUUGCCGUGUUAUGGCUUGAGCGAUUUCGGCCUCUGAUCCUGAUAUCAGUAACAAUUAGUAGACUGGCAAAAGUGACCUAUCGAUUCUUGAGUGGGACAGUUAAAUGUUGAGAAGCCAUAGUUUUCUACUAUCAAAUUUUCUCAAAUCCCUUGGUUGAGUCGCGGCGGAGAUCGAACUUGUGACCAUAUGGACUCUAGACGGGCACACGAGUAACAUCCAUAUACACUUCUAAGAGCGUUUGAGUUACUUUUGGAUAAAUUCGGACCAUUCAAGGCAAAUCACUUUUUCAAGAGCACAGCCGAUCCCUGUACAAACGCAAAACUCCUAGAAUUUUUUUCAGUGUCUUGCAUUCCGGCUGGAUUCACGCUGAACGAUCUUCCGGAGGACGUCAUUGGCAGCGACGUCGAUAGCGCUGUUGAGGAUGGUCCUGAUGAUGGUGAAAAAUCAGAAAUAUCCGAAAAUUGCGUCGUUUUCCAGACGUACCUGAAAUGACGCUGAUAAGCUCCGACAGCAACUCCGGAGCUACAAUUGUAUCAAAAAACCUUGUAAAAGACAAAGAAAACAGCGUUUCUCUUUCUGGUUGA